AUGGGCGCAGUCAAGCGGGUUGCCGUCAUCGGCGCGGGGCCGGCCGGGGCUAUCACAAUUGACGCCCUGGCACGGGAGAAGGCCUUCGACGUCAUUCGUGUGUUUGAGCGUCGAGAGGCAGCGGGAGGAUGCUGGGUUGGCGACCAAACACCACCACCACACCUCACAAACCUCUCCUCCCUAGCAGCCCGAACCGCCGACCAACCCCUCCCGAUCCCGGAAACCCUCCCGUCCCGGACGCCGAAAGCUGCGGCCGGGUCAGUCUCGGCCCCUCCCCCGCCACGCUUCACCGAGUCCGGAAUCUACCCCUACCUUGAAACCAACGUCGACGCCAUCCCCAUGUCCUUCUCCGAGGAAUCCCUCCCCGAACAGCGCACCGACAACUCGAUUGCGCUGCACGGCCCCGAGACGCCCUUUCGGCACUGGACCGUGGUGCGGGACUUUGUUCAGGGGCUGGUGAACCGUAACGGCUACCAGGAUUUCGUCUCCUACCGCACCACCGUCGAGCGCGCUGAGAAAGUUGGGGAAGAGUGGAAGCUCACCCUCAGGAAAGAGGGCGAUGAGUGGGACGACUGGUGGGUCGAGUACUUCGACGCUGUUGUGGUUGCGACGGGGCACUACUGGGUUCCUUAUGUGCCUCACAUUGAGGGCCUCGAGGAGUUUGAACAGGCGCGUCCGGGAAGCGUAAUUCACAGCAAGCACUUUCGCGGACGAGAUCACUUCCGCAACAAGCGCGUCGUCGUAGUCGGCGCCUCCGUCUCAGGCGCAGACAUCUCCGUCGACCUCGUCAAAACAGCCAAACUCCCCAUCUACUCCGUCGUAAACGGCCGCAAAGCAAACCUCUAUUUCGGCGACGGCGCCUUCAACCACCCGCAAAUCUCCCGCCGCGCCACAAUCACCCACAUUGACCCCUCCACGAGAACAGUCCACUUCCAGGACGGCACCUCCGUCCCCGGAGUCGACAGCAUCGUCCUCGCCACGGGCUUCACCUGGACCUUGCCCUUCCUUCCUUCGGUCGAGCUGCGCAAUAAUCGCGUCGCGGGGCUCUACCAGCACGUCAUCUACCACGCCGACCCGACGCUACUUUUCAUCGGCGCCGUGGCCGCGGGGCUGACGUUCAAGAUUUUCGAGUGGCAAGCUGUUUUAGCGGCGCGCGUGCUGGCUGGGCGGGCGAAGCUGCCGCUCAAGGAGGAGCAGGCGGCGUGGGAGGCGGAGAGAGUCAAGGAGAAGGGGGACGAUAUUCGGUUCUCGCUCGUGCAUCCGCACUUUGAGGAGUAUUUCGAGACGGUGAGGGAGCUUGCGGGCGAGCCUGAGGGUGGGAUUGGUAGAGCGCUGCCAGUGUAUGAUCCGUCUUGGUUUCAGGUGUUUAUGGAUGGGUUGGAGUUGAGGAAGAAGAUGUGGGUGAGGUUGAAUGCCGAGGCGCGGGAGGCGGCGGUCAAUGGGGUUGGAAAGGAGGGGGAGAAAGGGCCUAUUGUGACUACGAUUGAGGCACCACAGGAGGUGCGGUAG